UCCUCAUGUUUAGAGAGGGAUAACAGUUUGUAGGGCGUCUAACGGUAAAACCCCUAACCAUAUCGGCUGAGUAAAGAUAGAACUAGAGUUCCUGUGUAUGUUUGAUACAAACCUGAAAUGAAGAACAUCAUGCUGUCAAUAAUGUGGGUUCUGACAUUACCCGCCUGCUUGCAAGCAAUUCACGGGAUAUACGCCUUCGACCAGCCUGAGCUAUUCCAGAAGAAGAGCAAUUGCAAACCCAUACCUACCAACCUGCUUCUGUGCCAUGACAUAGAGUACACCGAGAUGCGGCUCCCGAAUCUCCUGGGACACGAAACUAUGAAUGAAGUACUGCAACAAGCUGGCUCUUGGAUUCCUCUGGUACAAAAGCAAUGCCACCCGGACACAAGGAAGUUUCUCUGUUCUUUGUUCGCUCCGGUGUGUUUGGACGAUCUGGACGAGCCCAUCCAGCCGUGCAGAUCAUUGUGCGAGAGCGUGAAACAGGGCUGCGCUCCGGUCAUGGCUGCCUUUGGAUUCCCGUGGCCGGACAUGCUGGAUUGCGAGCGCUUUCCCCUUGAUAACGAUCUCUGCAUACCCCCUGCAGGUGUUGAUCAUUUCAUGCCGGUUACCAAUGCAGUGCCUCGAGUUUGUGAUGCCUGUAGAGAGAAGUCAGAGGAUGACAACGAAAUUGUGGAUAACCUUUGCAAGAAUGACUUUGCUUUGAAGAUCAAGGUCAAGGAGAUUUCAUACAUGAAUGGUGAUACCAAAAUUGUGCCGGAGACCAAAAGCAAAACCAUCUACAAGCUCAAUGGUGUGACUGAACGUGACCUGAAGAAAACGGUGCUGUGGCUGAAGGAUGGUCUACAGUGCGUCUGUGAUGAAAUGAGUGACAUUAACGCGGCAUACCUUGUCAUGGGCCAGAAGCUCGACGGCAACCUGGUCAUCACCUCACUCAAGCGCUGGCAGCGUGGCCAGCGAGAAUUCAAGAGGAUUUCGCGCAGCAUUCGCAAGCUGCAGUGCUAGGGGUCAGCCAUCACCCACCUCACCCCCCCUGCUCCUCACACACCAACAACAGCCUCCACCACUGAGCUCUGGGCCGCUGUGAGACAAGCAACUGCUCCCUUCCAGUAUAGCAAUCCAGCAGAACUGCCAGAGUAAGCUUCUGAUCUUUCAGGGAAAGAACUUAAUUCUUCAUUCUCAGUGACCACUGUAAUAUUCAGUGUUUUUAUACGUUUCAUUUAGAGAGACUGCAACAUGUCUUCUCAACGUGGUAAUUCCCUCACAGUGUGACCCUUUUCUCCCAUUAUUUGGCUCUGCAGCUCUCCUUAAAUGAUCACCGCACUGCUCAGAUCUGUAAAGCCUAGGCUUAACCAGCAUACCCAAGCCAACUAAGCACUCGACUCAUGUCCAACGCUUCCUUGUAAAGUUUGGAUAAGGUCCCCACAUUACUUUAUGGCAAAUUUAAUUUGAGCAUGCAUGUUUUCAAAGCAUUUAUUGAUGUUCUUGUCCAUGGGAAGUAAAAAAGGCAAGUGCUUUUUUCACUAUUUUCAUCAGUAAUUUUGACAACAAAAUGAGAGAUAGCUGGCUAUACUCUCAAUCUACGCAUAGCUGUAGCUCUCCUAAUUUCUGAUAUUAGGACUCAUUUCAAGUCUUCUGUGAUGUUUUGGCCUCCCUGUCCCCCCUUCCCUGUCUCCCCUGUGUGAUUCGAGUGUGCAUGCAUGAACCAUUUGCUUUUUUAUAUGUCCUGUUUUGCUUUGUUUUCUGUGGUUGUUUCCCCCUCUGUAUACUUGAGCCUCAGUACUGCACUGCCACAGUAUUAUCUUCUCUGAAGUGUGUUCUAAAGUUUGGCCAUUAAGACCCCUACACUGCUACAGCAGUUGUUUGGAGCUGGAAUGAUGAAAGUGGAUGGCUAUGGCUACGUUUGCUACAAUGCCCAUACUUCCCAUUCACUGGACAUCCCAGAAUUCAUGUCCAAGUUAGAUAUUCAUCCAACGGCAGAAGCAUGCCCCAUGUUCCUUCAUGCAUACAGUGGUUACGUUUCUCUAUGUGCUUUUGGCUGAUUGUAAUGUUGAUCGCUGCCAAAAUGCUGCAUAUUUGUGGAAUGCUUUUUUCUUACAUGUAAUACUCUGUAAAUAUCUAGAUAAAGCAGUUUAUCCUUGUACAUAGUUUCCAGAGACAGCAAAUCGAAAGUUCAAAAAAGUGUGUCAACCACUGAAAUGCUUAGAACUGUUGUUCAAGCUGGUGAGUUGUUGUUUUGUAUGUGUUAUAGUACCUUUUUUAUUAUGGUGUAUUAAAUAAUGUUAACGCAAUAUUUUAUUUCCUCGCAUCAGUUUUACUGUCAUUUAGUUGCAUCUUUAACAUGAAAUGCAAUAUCAUUGCGUACAAACUAUAACUGAGAAAACCAUCAUUGCAUGAUGUUUGAAAAGAUGAGUUUGGAUAUACUAUAAACAGACCAAAUAUCACCACAUUUUGGAUGACUCUCCUGAGGGUACUUGGGACUCUGGAACUAAUACCUCACCUAUUCACUUCCAUUGGUUGACUGACUAUGUGCCAUAGCAAUGUGUUGACCUUCUGCUGCUGUGGAGUAUUUGCAUUUAUAGAUAGUAUUUGAUCCAGAAAGAGGUUCUUUAGCACCCCAAACUCAUUACUUGCAUGGUUGUUGCUAUGUUUAUGACACUUUUAGAGUGUGGCUGUGCAUAGGUAACAAUGGAGAGAGGCCACCAAACCAUCAGCUGCUGUCUCCAUGCUCACUCUCAUUUCUUCUCUCAGAGCCACCAGGCAGAGGAUAUGUGCGUGUCCUUAAGAACAAAACAUGCAAUGUUGUUUCUAUCCUUGAGCUAUUUGGCUGUUUAAUCCGUACCAUAGGGAGAGACUGUUUGUAAAGUGGGACCAGAAAUCUUGAGAAAUCUUGGUCCAGUUAUGAACUGGAAUAGCCAAGACCGUAUGGUUAACUAGUCAUCCCAUUCUAGCAGACUUUUAAACAGUGUCCAAGCUGGAGUAGAAUUGGCAUAUGACAUGUAAUGUAGGCUAUCUAUAAGAAACAAGAGUAACUGGCUCAGAGUUGUUGAGAGCCAUGUUAUUGCUAAUGAAUAAUAUGCACCUGAGCAUAUUCUGGAUACGGUAAAUGUAAUAUUCAAGAAUAAGAUUAGGAAAUAAAUCAGGAAACAAAACAUUUUAUUGCAUGAUCAAGAUGGACUACAACAGGCAUUCCAGAGUAAUGGCCAAAAGCAUUUCUACAGUCUAUGAAACAGGAAAAUAAUGAAAUAUCCUAUCCAAGCAUCAUAAAAUGCUCUGCUCUAGCCAUCUAGAUCACAGCCAAAUUAUACCUUGAACUGAAGUCAACCAUUUUCAAAUAAAAAACAGAGCCGCCAAUGGUCUGUGGCAUGUGGAAUUACUCCUAAAAAGUCUUUGAACCACAUUUUAUGAAAAACAUGUUACAGUUCGCCAAAUAUGAAAUUCUUCCUUUCUUUGUUCCUAUUUUUAGCACAACCAACAUUAUGAAACUGACUUUAUACAGUCUUGUACUGUAUAUCAUAUAAAUGAAAUGGAUCUUGACUGACCGUGAUAAUGUCAAAGGUAAAGGUGGUCACAUGUCUUCUGCUGACAUGACAUGAGAAUUAUUUAUUUGUUAAGCCCAGAUGGCAAGCAAACACAGGUCGAGUCCUUCUAUUCUUCCAAGACUGCUGCAUCCCAUUUUCCCUGUUCUUGCAGGUAGAACUACAAAAAUAUCCAAGAACAUGCACAAGACUGCUAGGGCGACCUGGGUUUGAUUCCGGCCUGGGUCAGUUGCCGAUCCCUCCCCGUCUCUCUCUCCCCACUCAUUUCCUGUCUGUCCUUCACUGUCCUGUCAAGAAUAAAGGUGAAAAGCCCUCCCCCCAAAAAAAACAUUUUCAAAAAGAAUAUUGCUCACACAAAAAAAAACAUUUUAAUGUAAGCGCCUUAUUUUAAAGCACUUGAAAUUUUACUGACACACAUUAUUAUAAUGAUUGAAAACAUUUAAUAACCCUAUGUGCAAAGAAAGUGUUUUAUUGGUUUGUAUCUGAUGAUAGUCUUUGCUGCUCCAACAACCAUUCUGUCUCAGUUUGAACAUGAUGUGUCAUUGGGUCAAGCACUCUUCAUCAUUA